AAAAGUUCAACCGGCGAACAAUACUUUCACAAAAAUGGAGAAUUCUCUCCUCCGUAAAUCCAUAUAACAAAUUCCAUACAUGGGAAACGGUGUCUCUCUACAUACGUAUUCUCUAUUUAUGCCUCAAUAUUAUCGAAAAGUAAAUUUAUCUAUCUGUCUGUCUCUUAUGUUCUCCUCUCGCUCCUCCCGGCGAGGAAGAAGAACACGAAGCAGAACAAGCCACAAAAAUGGAGACAUAGGUUAUACAGCUGAUCCGUCUUUGCAAGAUUGGGUGCAGCUGUAACAAAACCCAUAUUGGCGUUUUGGGUUUUCUCUGUUGGUUUAAUUACUUUGGGGCGAAUUCCAAUGGGGAAUUGCUUUGGAAGGACAGCUAAGGUGGAUCGCUCUCUCAGCAAUACAGCAGCAAUGGAAGUUCCUAUUAAAGAUGGCCAUACUUCUAGUUUUUCAUAUCUGAAAGCUUCAACUAGCCAUGGAAAGAAUACACCAGGAAGUAUUCUCAUUCCAAGAUCCGAAGGUGACAUUUUGUCUUCGCCACAUUUGAAAGCCUUCACAUUUGAUGAGCUUAGAAAUGCCACUAGAAACUUCCGUCCUGACAGUCUUAUUGGAGAAGGAGGAUUUGGUUAUGUUUACAAGGGGUGGAUUGAUGAGCAAACCCUUGCUGCUAUGAAGCCUGGAUGUGGGAUGGUUGUUGCAGUAAAGAAGCUUAAACCUGAAGGUUUUCAGGGCCAUAAAGAGUGGUUGUCAGAAGUUAAUUAUCUUGGUCAGCUUCAUCACCCGAAUCUGGUCAAACUUAUUGGAUACUGCCUAGAUGGGGAUAACCGGCUUUUGGUGUAUGAAUAUAUGCCGAAAGGCUGCCUGGAGAAUCAUCUUUUUAGAAGGGGUGCCCAACCACUUGCUUGGGCAGCAAGGAUUAAAGUCGCCAUAGGUGCUGCACAUGGGCUGGCCUUUUUGCACGACUCUGAACAACCAGUUAUAUACCGGGAUUUUAAGGCAUCUAAUAUCCUACUAGAUUCGGAGUUUAAUGCAAAACUUUCAGACUUUGGCUUGGCAAAAGCAGGCCCCACUGGGGAUCGCACUCAUGUUACUACCCAAGUCAUGGGCACUCAAGGCUAUGCAGCUCCUGAAUAUAUCGCGACAGGGCGGCUAACUACGAAGUGUGAUGUGUAUAGCUUUGGGGUUGUAUUGUUAGAACUGUUGUCAGGACGCACUGUCGUUGAUAAAACAAAAGUUGGGGUGGAGCGGAACCUGCUUGAAUGGGCAAGACCGUAUUUGACCGAUAGGCGCAAGUUAUUCAGAAUCAUGGACACGAAGCUAGAGGGCCAGUAUCCCCAAAAGGGAGCUUACAUGGUUGCACUUCUUGCUGUGCAAUGUACAAGUGAGGCAAAAGUGCGUCCACAAAUGGACGAGGUUUUGGCUGUUUUAGACGAGCUCCCUAAUGGCAAAGACACAAAGAAACCCUCUAAAGUGAAGCAGCAAGCAGUUUCUAAUCCUGGUUCAAACUCCGCAUUCAGACACCAUAAACCUUCACAUCCCAAUAUUCCCUCUCAAAGACCUACCUGUGUUGGCUCAUAAAUCGCCCACCUCUUCUGAGAUCACAGCAGGGACAAUAGAAGUUCAUUCCUACUAGGUAGCAUAAUGUAAAUCUCCUGUUUUUACCAUUUUUGGCCUCUUUUGAUCUGGUGAGUAAUUUGUAAAAGUUCUUGGGUUUGUCUUUUGCCCAGCCUACAGCAACUGAAUCGUUUUUUUCUCUCUUAUGUUUUUCUGGUUGUAAACGUUAGGAUGUCCUUUGCAGAUCAGGUUUUGUAAAAUUGAGCCCAUAUCUAGGCCCAUGUAUAUAUGUGAAUCCAUUUUGAGCCCAUAUAUAUAAAGUUGGAACUUGGAAUCA